UACACCUUGCACAGAAAAAAUUAAAUUAAAUUGUUGACCCGUUGAUUAAUAUUAUCAGCUAUGAAUAAUAAAUAUUAUCAAGGGAAGAACUCUACUGACCUCAACAGUUACUACGUCAUCUACUUUCUAAAAUGUUGAAUGGAUAGAUAUCAUCUAUGAUUUUUAUAAAUAUUGUGUAUUAUGGUAUCACGAAGUUACUGCUAAUACCCCACUGUUACCUAUAGUAUCGCAGCACAAUAGUGAAUAUUAAUUGAACAGUGGACUAACGAGUUCUGGGUUACUACUAACUUAAAGAUAUGUCAUGGCUCAUAGACUUGGCCGGUAAAGCUGAACAUUAUCUGGAUAAAAUCGACCAGAACACAGCGGUUGUUUUACAACAUCAAAAGGAAAAGCCACUGAAAGAUGUUUUCAAAACACCGGUAUCGGAAAAUGUGUCGAUUGAAAUUGAAAAUAAACCCAUCACGUCUGUACCCAGUUCUCCUGCCACGAAGUCCUUAAUCAAGAAACCUAAAAGUGAUUCUCGUAUAUCAGAUGAGCAUCUAUUGCAGUAUUUAAAUAGUCAUGAUUCAACGAUCCAAUCCCAGUAUGAUGGUCAAUCUACUACUUACAUCGAUAAUUCAAUUGAUCCAAUAUCCAAACCGUUGACCGAGGAAAAUCAUAUGUUAAAAAAUGAAAUAAGAACGUUAAAUAAUGAAAUGUCAUUAUUGCAAUACAAGUUGAAAACUGCAGAUAAAGAUAUUAAUCAAAUAUCAAUGGAACUUGAAGUGAAUAAAAGACAUUCCGCUAAUUUGGAAAAGGAACUGCAGGAAGCACAUAUUCAAUUACGAAAUGCUCAAGAUGUAAUGUUCCGGUUGAAAGAAAAAUCUAAAACCCGAGAUUCAGUUACUGGGGAAAAUAAUUUAGUUUCUGACAAUAAUUUAGUACAUGAAAACCAAAUUUUACAAAACGAAAUAUCAACGCUACUCAAAAUAAUUGAGGUGAAUGAAUUAAGGAUAAAUGAUUUAACCUCAGAAAAAUUAAAUUUGGAAAUGGCACUUAAUAAUAUACAAUUUGAAAAUAAAAACACUGUUAAAAAGGAAAUAUUAACAAACUUAUCUAAUGAAUGCAAUACAAUGACUACGUUCACCAAAACAAAUUUGAACAAUGUUGCCCUAAAAUUAAAAGAAUGUUUGAAUGAUUUAGAAAUUGUUAAUAGACAAGCAACUGCUGAUCAAGGGGCUUUAAGCACUUCAGAAUUAGAACGCUCAGACAUAUUAACCAAAUUAAAUGCCAUGAAGAGUAAUUUACUCUCUAUUGAUUGUGGUUUACAGAAGUCACUACACGAUCUUAGUGGUUUUAAAGAACGACUUGCAAAUAUUGAUUUAGAAUCGUUUACAGAUGAUAGUUGUAAUAAUCAUGCAGACAUAACUAAUGGUCAGGGAGUAAUGAAUGAGCAGAUGUUAUCACUUAAAAAGGCUGUGGCAUGUAAACAAGCUGAACUAGAACAAGUAUUAGCUGAAAAUAAUUCAAUGGCAAUAAGAAUUGAGAGUUUAGAGACAAGAUUGAAAAAAGAAUCAAAUGUAAUAAUCAAUGUUAAUGAUACGGAUGAUGCUAAAGCCAAAGUGCCUCAUUUCAUGUUAGAAAAAGCAUUUGAUACUAGUGUAGCAAGAGGAGUUAAACGAGCUUAUACCAGCCUAGAUUCAUUUGGUUUAAGAACAGGAAUGUAUUUACGACGAUAUCCACUAUUAAGAACUAUAUUAUUUGUUUAUGUGGUGAUACUUCAUUUGUGGGUGAUGUUGAUACUAUUCUCUUAUACUCCAGAAACCAAUUAAAAUUGCCUUUAUAUUUUAUUAUUACUGCAAACAUCUGUAUAAUAUUCAAGUACUCAAGUGAUUCAACACUUAUAUUAUAUUAUUUAAAUGUUAUAAUAUUAACUAUACCUAUUGUUUCUAUUUUAUUUUUAUUUUUGAAUAUCAUUUAUUUAGAAUUAUAUAUCAAGGAACAGUUUUAUUAA